UUUUAAUCCAAAAUGGUUAGUCACGUGCACCAACUAGUGAAUAGAAGUAUAAAUCAUGGAUUACUCAUGGAUCAUGUAUAUCUAUGGGAAGCAGAAACCAAGUGAACAUGCAUCCAUUAGAAAGUUACAGCAGGAAUAAAUAUCAGCGACUUUUAUACAUAUCAUCAUCAGCAGUAGCAAACAUCUUUUGACUUGUUUGAACGGGAUCUAUGAUCAACUUGGAUGAAGUAAACAUGACCUAAAAAAUCGCAGGAAUAAUCCAACCAUGAAUGAACAAGACUAGCAUAAGAAAGAUGAAAUCACGUUUCGCUUUUAACCAUGAUUAAGGAAGCGAUCAUACUACAAACUAAGACUGUCAAGAGGGCCUCCAAGGUUCUUAUCGAGAAGUACUAUCCUCGUUUGACUCUGGAUUUCCAGACCAACAAGAAGAUUGCUUCCGAGGUCGCCAUUAUUCCCUCCAAGCGUCUCCGCAACAAGAUCGCUGGUUUCACCACCCACUUGAUGAAGCGUAUUCAGCGUGGCCCUGUCCGUGGUAUCUCCUUCAAGCUUCAGGAGGAGGAGCGUGAGCGCAAGGACAACUACAUUCCUGAGGUUUCGGCCUUGGAUACCUCGUCUAUCGAGAUUGAUACCGAGACCCAUAACUUGCUCAAGUCUUUGAACUUUGAGGAAUUGGCUGGUGUUACCGCUGUCGAGGUCAAGCAGGCUCCUAUCGAGACCCGCAAGCCCCGUCCCCCCCGCCCUGAGCGUGCUUAAACAAAAACACAAAAAGGGAGAAUGAAUAAACAUUUCUAAACUUUUUGGCACUGGAU